ACCAUCGCUACCUGAAAGCAGAUUUCUAGCUUCUAAGAUAUUUUAGUGAAAGUAACGUUGUAUUUAGUUCACCUCUGCUUUGAACUGGGUUACUGUCGUUAGCUAGCUUACUGUUGACAGCAGUUGUGCUGUGGUGGUGAGUCAGGUGAGCAGCGACAUGUCCGAGUCCGGCCACAGCCAGCCCGGGAUGUACGGGCAGGGGCGCAGGAGGAGGCGACGCCGGGGAGACAGAGAUGCUGGACUUCCUGGGCAAAAUCUGUCAGGUCCCAGUCGGGACCGGGAAUAUCAACCAAGAGAACGAAGGGAUGGGAGCGAGGAUCCACCAGGCCCACUUAUUCAGAAGACCCCCAUCAUUCUUGCAAAACCCCCUGGGGAAAGGGCCAAGCCGUCGCAGAAUGCACCUGUCAGUGGAGCUCCAGUCCUGGAGAAGCCCAUCAUGCUAAUGAAAGCCCGGGAUGAUGGAGGGAAGCUGGGGACCCCUCCCGAAGCAGCAGCUCAGCCCUCUGGUCCUGGGCCCUCCAAGAUGGAGCGGGAAGGACAGCGGCCCACCCAGCCUGUUUACCAGAUCCAAAACAGAGGAAUGGGUGCAUCUGCAUCAAGCAGCGCUGUUGACCCCAUGGUGGGCCAGUCUAAACUCCUCCCUCCGGAGAAGAUGAAGCACAGCAUUAAGCUUGUGGAUGAUCAGAUGAAUUGGUGUGACAGUGCCAUGGAGUAUCUGCGGGACCAGACAGAUAUGCUGGUGGUGGGAGUCAUUGGCCUGCAGGGAAGUGGGAAAUCUACAGUCAUGUCACUCUUAUCUGCCAAUACUCCAGAGGAAGAUCAAAGGGCCUAUGUAUUCAGAGCGCAGACUCAAGAAAUCAAGGAGAGAGGAGGAAACCAGAGCACAGGCAUUGAUUUCUUUAUCACACAGGAGAGAGUCAUCUUCUUGGAUACGCAGCCUAUGCUCAGCCCAUCUAUCCUCGACCACCUCAUCAACAACGAUCGGAAGUUGCCUCCAGAGUACAACCUCCCUCACACAUAUGUUGAGAUGCAGUCUCUUCAGAUCGCUGCCUUCCUGUUUACAGUUUGCCAUGUGGUUAUUGUGGUUCAAGACUGGUUCACUGAUUUAAACCUCUACAAGUUUCUUCAGACUGCUGAGAUGCUCAAACCUUCCACUCCAUCUGCAAGCCAUGACAGCACUGGCUCUUCAGGCAGUGACGAUGGAGCAGAGUACUAUCCACAUAUAGUGUUCCUGCAAAACAAGUCCAGACAAGAUGAUUUCUGCCCAAUGAAUCUGAAGAAUAUGCAUAUGGUGGUGGACAAAUUGAUGGCCCACUCUCAUCUCAAAUACAAAGGUAAACUAUCCAUGCUAGACUGCAACAUCUUCCCUGGCUUGGGACAGGACUAUUUGGCUACCGAAGUCAACAUGUUCCUCCUCCCUAUGCAGGAGAAUGAUGGCGACGAUAAUCUGACUAAAGCAGGGUCGGGAGCAUACCCACUCUUCUCUCUGCUCCCGGGGUACAGAGGGCAUCCUGCCUUCUCCACCAUGGUUUCAAAACUCCGCAGCCAAAUACUGGCCAUGCCCCGCUGUCAGCUGUCACACACCAUCCUCACUGAGAAGAACUGGUUUCACUACGCAGCGCGUAUCUGGGAUGGGGUGAAAAAGUCCUCGGCCCUCUCUGAGUACAGCCGCCUGCUCUGCUAACACCUUGGAUCAACUGCUGUCAUGUACAGUUGGAGCGGUUAUGUCCGAUAAUCAGGUCACAUAAAUUAUAAUUGUGGCUCUGAAAGCGGAGAUUGUCAUUUGCAUCCUACAUGAGGGAGAAGGGAAACUGGAAGCCUGUUCAGUGGUGAAGAGUUGGAUGUAAAGCAGGACACAUUUUUGCAGAGUUUAGUAGAAAUGAAAACCUGUGGGCUCUUGGCACUCUGUGUCAAAAAGUGGUGUAUCCCUGCCAUGUUGAACAGACUCAGCUGAAGCCUGUACAGCAGUGGUGGGAAAGAGAAAGAAAUUGGACUAUUUUUUUAAUUUGCAAGCUAUUAUUGUGAUUGCAGUUUGGUGUCUUGUGUUUUGAUGUAACGGCCUUCAAUAAAAAGAAGAAGUAAUUACACGGAAGGGUUGGUGCUGGUAGAAAAAAAGCUGUUGAGUCACAUCUGAUCCCAACUGCUACACGAACAGACAUGCAACGGUUGCAUCAGGUUUUUUAUGAUAAACUGAAAUUAUGCAACAACAAAACGUCCGUGCUGGGCACCAGUAAAAGUGUAGCCUAUCUAAUGCAUGGCAUUGGAUUUUGGCAGAAAUGCCCAUGUUUUCCAAAUCACUUUAGCUCAUUGCUGAUAUAUGCUCAUAUUGUUUUCCACGUAAUCGCAGAGAAUCUCAAGCGUCCUAUCGGCAGAAGUUUUCAUUUGGGGCCGAUGCCAAUAUUUCAAUAUAAAGUCUUUUCAGAUAUAAAUGUUAUAUUUUGACCGCCUUUGUCAGGGAACUAAGGUCAUCCUGAGACAUCACAAACUAAAGCUUAACUUAAUUUCUAAGGGAAAUUUGUUAUUCAUAAAGCUAAAUUGGUGGUGG